AUGAUACGAAAAAAGACUCGGGACCUAUUCCAGUGCCACUCAUCCAAGCCACUGCCACUUGUCGCUGUCAUUUGCCAGCACGAGCUUCACACCAUCUCCAGUUUUCCGUCUAUCUCCCUUCUUCGCGGAUCUUUCUGGUGGCCCCAAGAGUUCGAACGACGAGGGGACGAGGAGUAUUCUUCAGCGGCCUGUUCCUUGCGACUACGACGCUGGAAGUGUUGUGGACCGACGCCGUCCCAAAUUCUGCUUACGGCCAUGUGCCAUUGCACACACGUUGCAGAGGCGGCGCCUUGCUAA